AUGACAGACUCCGAUUCUCGGCCCUUUAAGUGUGAAACGUGUGGUAAAGGAUUCCACCGUUUGGAACACAAACGCAGGCAUAUAAGGACGCACACGGGCGAAAAGCCUCAUCUGUGCAAUUUCCCAGGGUGUGUUAAGCGUUUCAGCAGGAGCGAUGAGCUCAAACGGCAUCUCAGAACACACGUAAGCACGUCCAGACGCAAGAGUCGAAACCGGGUCGGCUCCAGUCCUGCCGCAGACCAUCCAAUCGUGGUUCACCAAGUACCACCGAUCCAGGCGCCCGCUGCGAUGCCGCUAGCUGUUGUGUCGUUCCCUGGUGUGAACGGGUCUACUACUUCCUCAGGGUCUCUCAGCUCUCUGGCGUCGCUGACGGCAGCCGCAUAUGCGUCGCAGUCCGGCUUGUUGAACCCCAGUGUGGCCCAUCUCACUUCAAACAUGGUCUCACCUGCAGUCUCUCCGGCAAUUUCCCCGGUGAUGUCUCCGAGCUUUCCUUCUGCUGCAUCGUCAGCAGCUUUACCUCAACAGUUUCAACCUGGGCGUCAGUCGUUGCUGUCGUCCGCUGCCUCCUCAACCACGUCUAUGUUUUCACAGGUCGAUUCGGGCACUCGCACGCCGUUGGCCUCGUCUCCAGAAACAAGGAAUCAUAAGCUGGGUACCGUUUUUUUGCCUUCCUUGCCCGCAGUUUCCCAACACCAUUGUGCUGCCUCCAAUGGUGCUUCCUUAAACACUUCAGCUAUUCCCCAAGCAUGCCCCCCGGGCUCCGCCAAGGGGCGCAAGGCAGAACGGGCAAAGUUCCAAUUAGCUGAUGAUGAAGAUAGCGACGGUAACCCACCACCAGCGGAGGUGCGUCUGCCACCCUUGCGGUGCAUGCUGGAAAACAUUCAGUCGUUUUCCGAACGUUGA